AUGUCACCAUAUCUCACUCGUUCCAAGACUGCCAUCGUUGUGCCUCCUGCUGAGGUGGCGACGACAUCCUCUCGUUGUCGUCAGGUGGUAUUACAGCUACACCCCCACGAGGAUCCUGCCACAGAGGCGAAUCCUCCUGCUCCCAUGGUCUCAGCCCAGGUGGCUGACCCCCUUGCUCUUCCAGUGGUUCGUUCGCCACUGGAGCCCCUUUUCUUGGGGAUGGAUGAUGACAUCAUUGUCCCCAGCCCCCUUCCCUCCCCUUUCAUUGCUCCCAUCAUUCCCAACCUCGUGGGGAAUGACUAUUCCCCCGCUUCUCCUGCUAUCGACCUUUAUGAGGUGGAUGCGAGACUUGCUGCAGUGGAUAGGACCACUCCUGAAUGGCAGGCCACCUGGGAGGCUGAGUUGGCUAGGUCCCCAACUCCUCCUCCUACUGCCGACGAAGUAAUUGAUGUGGUCCUAGCUGUUUCUAGAGCUGGAACCCCAGUCUAUCAGCCAGAGGUCCAACCUCUAACUCCUCCUCCUCAUUGGGUUGGGCAUCAAAUGCCACCCCCUCCUCCUCCAGAUCGACAUCUCCCUUCUAAUCGGGAGAUUGCUGGUUGGGCUGAAGGGUUCGUCAUGGCCAACCUCUUGAUGCAGGUCGCAGAUGGACACUAUCCAUGUGACUGGGAUGUGCCUGUCAGGUCAUUGGCAGCAAAGCGUCUCCAUCGACUGGUAAUGCUUCGCCUCAUGGAAGGUUGCAUGCCUUGGCCGAGUUGGCAGUGUCGUCGCUGCUUUAAUCUGGGCAUACUCCCUCUCUUUCUUAGUUGUUUCACCUCUGCAUUCACCAAUCCAUUUGGUGAGCAAACUAGGAUUCCUCAUGCCUGCGUGCACUGCUACCUGGCUGGGUUGGGACAUUCCCCACAGUUCCCACCAAGCAGAAUGGGCCCAUCUGACCGUGGCAGAUGGGUCAUUUGGCACUUUCGUCGGCCUGAGCUGUUAUAUGUCAAGCAUCAUGACCAACUGUACUCAGAGCAUCAGCCUCACGAGUCUGUGAUGGAGUCUGGUGGUCCUCCAGACUUCCUUCACGAGUGGGUGGCUCCUACCAAGGAGGAGCUAGUGAUCUGGUCCUCCCUUGCUCCUCCUCCUGCUCCUUCUUCAUAUGUCGACAUGUAG